AUCGCUUCAGUGACAAACUUUCCAACGCCAUCCGACAGUGCUCGAUCGGAGAGGAAUAUUCCAACUCGUGAAUUAAAACACUCCACACUCAACGCAAUUACACAGCGCGGGUUUUACCGAACGACAUCCGGUAACCGGAAGUUGUAGUGAGCGUGAGUGUGCGAGGUCAAAGUACGAAAAUUAGCAAAGAAGUAUCGCGUGUGCCAAAUCCGUUCGAAUCCGCAAGCGACAGCAAAACAGCAACAGUGCACGAUGGCAGAAAAUAAAGGAAUGCUGCUGGCGAAAUCCGUCCAGAAACAUGCUGGCCGCGCCAAGGAAAAGCUCCUACAAAAUCUUGGCAAAGUCGACCGAACGGCAGAUGAAAUUUUCGACGAACAUUUGACAAACUUCAACCGACAGCACACCUGUGCAACCAGGCUGCAGAAAGAAUUCAGCAACUACAUCCGAUGUGUUCGUGCCGUACAAAAUGCCUCGAAAAGCCUCAUGGAAGCCAUUACCGAAGUAUACGAAAGCCAGUGGACCGGCUCGGAAGUGCUGUACGGCCAGGCUAAAACGAUCGACACACAGUACCAGCAGUUUUCGUACAAGCUGGCCGAUCAGGUACUGAAGCAGCUGGACACCUACGCGCUACAGUUUCCGGAAAUGAAGAAAAAGAUUGACAAACGUGGCCGCAAGCUGGUGGACUACGAUAGCCAGAGGCAUUCUUUCCAGAGCCUGCAAGCGAACGCUGCCAAGCGCAAGGACGAUCUGAAGGUUACGCGAGGCCGUGAACAGCUGGAGGAAGCGAAGAGCACAUACGAGGUGUUGAAUUCCGAGCUGCACGACGAACUGCCGGCCCUGUACGAUUCGAGAAUACUGUUCCUGGUGACGAACUUGCAGACGCUGUUCGCGUGCGAGCAGCAGUUCCACAGCGAAACGUCCAAGGUGUACGCGGAGCUGGAAGCGAUCGUAGACAAACUGGCCACCGAAUCCCAGCGCGGCUCCUACACGCUGAAGAAGAUCAACGCUAACUCGAACCCAUCUAGCCCCCAGCAGUCACCGGUGAAGGCGAAUCUGUCGAUUGUGAAUAAUGUCACUAACGGGUCGGCCAACGCUAACGGACAUACUUCCGCGCAAAGUGUGCUACCGUCGCCGAGAACACCGUCACCCAACCAUCAGCUCGACCGGCAGGCGGAUGGGCCAGAAGAUGAAGACGACGAACCUUCCUACCAGAACACGGAAAUGGUAAAGGCGGCGGCGGCGGCGGCGUCGGCCGCGACCAAAGCACCGACCACGAACGGUACCACCGCCUCGGACAGCACGGCGAAGCACGGCGAGCUGGAAUUGAACGGCAACGGCAGCGCACCGAAGGAGAACGGUCAACCCGCAGCGACAGCGGUGACGGAAAGUGUUCCGGCCACCACAAACGGUACGCUUGAUCACCCGCCGUCUGCAUCCACUAAUCAGCUUCCCCAACCCGACCACCACCACCAAACGCAUCCGCCGACUGCGAACGGGCUGGCCAGUAAUGCUCGGGGGGCGCAAGAGAAUGGGGUACACGAAACGACAGUGACGGGCGCUAGUGCAAACGCAGCUCCGACAACGGAUGUGCCCGCUGCAACUGUUGCCACAACGGCGGAUGCUGCUGCUGCGGCUGCUGCUAGCGCUAAUACAGAUGCUGCCGUUCCAACGCCCACUACUACCGGUGCAGCAGCUGUUUUGCAAACAAGUGCAGCGACAACGGACUUGCCACCGGGUGUUUUGUAUCGCGUGAAAGCUACGUACAAGUACGUCCGAGAAGACGUCGACGAGCUGAGCUUCGAGGUGGGUGAUGUCAUCAACGUGGUUGAGUACGAGGAUCCCGAAGAUCAGGAGGAAGGAUGGCUGAUGGGCAACAAGGAAGGCACAAACGAGAAGGGCAUGUUCCCGGCUAACUUCACCCGGCCACUGUAAAUUCGCCAUUAGUCGGUUCGGUUUUACCUAAGGAUACCGAGACGUUUUAACACCGGAGAAUCCCAUGAAUCGCAAACCAUUUUUUUGUUGUUUUCUGGUCGUCUAAGCUGCAAUGAGUGAAAGGAAAUUCAGCAGCAGCAUCUUCCCAAGCCAUCUUCCGAAUAGAACAUCAUAAGCAUGUAGAGUGACCGAUAAUUGUAUCCACACACACACACACACACACACACACAAAACGUGUUUGUUACCACCAUCCAUAACGCAGCGGUUAGGCAUUUGAAUAUUAGCUGUCCCACACAUCCCCCCCAAACACACACAGAAAUCGAUAUAGUGUAGCAAAACGUACACCGGGUACACCGUUAUUAAAAAAAAAAGAUUCGAAAUGGAAUUGCAUCAGUGGCGCUCACCCUCCACCCUCAAAUCACCACCAUCCCGACAGUCAGUUAGUAGUUAGUUAGUCAUCCGUUUACUGGCGGGACCGAGUGAGUCACAGGUGGUAGAGAGCGAGCGUUUUGUUGUGUUGCGUUGCGUUGAAAGCAGAUGGUUUCAGUUUUCGGUUUUUAAUUCCCUCACGUUUCACCCCGUAGUAGCCGUCCUGUGUAUUUUUGUUGCGUAUUAUUUUAUUAGUAACCACGGCGCCCGCAACAUUGCAGCGCAAGUGUGGUGUUUGCGCGCCACCCUUGAUGGAUGGUACCGGGUUUUGGUAGUGAAGCGAAGCAAUGGCGCAAUCUAAUAAUUGUAGUCUUCCUUGUCUUCCCGGUUUCGGUGAAAAAUAAGGCAAAUGUUGCAUAUUAGUAAUAUAUUAACCCCUUUCUUUGUUUAUGCACACCCCUAUGCGCCGCGGCAAUUGUAUGUGUUGCUACGGCUACUGCUGCCCUACACGAAAUCGUUAAUACCGUACGCGCAAGUCAUCAUCUAACUAUCUAUGAGCAUAAUGUCGUCGUUGCGUAACAAUGGAAAACUAAUGAAUAACGUGUGCCUUUUUAUUAAAGAAAAAGAAGAAGAAGAAAGGAAGCGAGAGAAAAACAGAAGAGAGCAAGCAGAAGAAACUAAGCAAAAGCAAUGAUUCGAAAACAAGAGAAAACAAAACAAAAUCGGCAACUAACGAAAUCUUUUUUCUUUCUUUCUUUUUCUGUCUUAAGUUAAGCUGUUAUUAUCUCGUUAUUUUAUGUUAUUUGAAAGGCAAUUGUUCUCGUUGUUUCUUCCCCAUACACAAUCCUUCCCUAACAGAGCUAUUUUUAGUUUGCCCUAACUUUUUUUUUCCUUUUGUCUGUAAAAAAAAACAAUUCAUGAGAAUCAAAUAUAACUUACUACGAAUACAAUCGACAAACAAACAAAAAUACUGCUGGUUUUUUUUUGCAAGGAUGUAAACCAUUUUCGUUUUGUGUAUUUAAACAAAAAAGAAACAGAUAGAGCGAGAGAGAGAGCGUGCGAACAGGAGGAGGCGGUAGAAGGUAGAAAGGUAGCAAGCAUUUCUUCCCGAUGAAACACAACCGGCAGUUUUAGGUGUAAGCGAUGAAACCCCCAAAUCGAAAGAAAUAAAUAAAUCAUUUUGUUUGUGAA